AAAUAAAGCAACCAGAAGAAAUAUUCACUUCAGUGAAAAGUGUGACAACUAGCCCCGGUCUCUAUAUGCGGGUUAAAUGAAAAGGGAAUAAUACUGUAGAACUUAAUUUCCUCAGAGGAUACCUGGAGUAAAGACGUAAUGAGAGUUUGAUUGCGGCUGUUUGACAAUAGAAGCUUUGCCUUCAUGGAUUUCUGUGGUUCUUGACUGACUGCAUUCUUUAAGAAUGAAAACAGUGCUGGCGUUCAGUGACUUGUCUGACGAGACAUUCCUUUAUCUCAUCCUUAACACAUGAAUACGCUCAUCCAACCUCAUUCCAGUUUCAGGGCAAUAGGGCGAGUUCUCACUCUACGCGCUAUUUAUCCUCUAACAACUGCGACACAAGACCAUUUUAGUUGUACAUGCUGGAUCUCUUCGAAUCAUAAAGGAAUAACUCAAUGGAUUAUUAAUUAUGAGGGGCUGAGGAGAGUGAAGUACCUCUUUUUUGACAAACUGCUGGAAGACUUGAAUCAGAAUGAUGGAACAGGAUGAAUCAAGAGACUUUAAAACCCUGAAGGCAUGGUUCCAGGGUGAAAAUGGUCUGAAGAUCCAGACUAAACCUGACCUCCCAGAGAAACCCAAAACCAUCCCUCCGUCGACAAAAGUCAGCAAUCCUUUGAUCUCAUCCAUCAAGGCUGCUGUGCAAAAAGGGUCGCUUCACGCACCACGUGUAGUCUUCAAGGAGGACAACAAUCUCAGUCGCCCGCUGUCUCCACCUUGGGAAUUAAAGACCAGAGAGAACCAACCCAUCAGUAAUGAUGAACUGCUGGAUAAUAAGCAGGUCAACACUUCUAAGCAGAAUCUGAAAGACAAGAAUCCUCCACUGGUUCUUCCUGUAGUUCCAAAAACCAAAACUCCAGAGCCCGAUUCCAGCCCACGUACACCUGUGUCUGCUUCACCAGUCAAAGUGACGACACCCAAAAAGUUUGUAUUUACCCCUCAAAAAACUAACAAAGAUGAAUGCGAGAAAACAGACCUUAUGAAGGAGGUGAACACUACCAAAAAGUCUCUGAAGGACAGGAAUUUUCCACUGGUUCUGCCAGUGCCUUCAAAAAAAGCUAUAAGCCCAGAACCUGAACCCAGCCCACUUACGCCUGCAUCCGUUCCAUCCGCCAAAGUGUCCACACCCAAGAGUUUUGUAUUUACUCCUCAAAAAAUUAGCCAAGAUGAGAAUGAGAAGGCAGACACAGUAAAAGAGGUUGACACUGCCAAAAAGUCUCUGAAAGACCGCAAUCUUCCACUGGUUCUGCCAGUGCCUCCAAUAAAAGCUGAUACCCCAGAGCCUGAACCCAGUCCCUAUACACCUCGGAAUUCCACACCCCAUAAUUUUGUGUUUACCACUCAAAAAACUAGCAAAGAUGAGAAUGAGGAGGCAAAUACAGUGGAAAGACCAACACCAGCUAGCCGUACCCCUGCUCCAAAUCACUCAGCUCCUGCUGGCCCAUCUGUAACAGCUACUCCCCCUACUCAAAGUGUACCUGUUGUUCCUAAGGCUGUUGUACCUUCUCAGGCUUCAACUGGAAUACCUUCUGUCCCCAACAUUCCCGCCCCAAGUAUUCCAGCUCCAGGCAGUUCAACCUCCGCCAGCCCUGAGCCAAAGAUUCCUGAACCCGCCAUCCCAACACCAUCUCAAGCUGUUCCUAAAUCAAAGCCAGAAACCUCUAUUUCAUAUCCUCCUGACACUGAACCUUCUAAACCAAAUAUACAUAUGCUCAAUUUAUCAGAGGUUUUUCCUCCCCCUGAAGGAAGUCCACCUCCGGAAUUCACUGAUAUUCCGCCCCCUGUUUUUGGUGAAGACUUUCCAGAUGGAGACUUUUCUGAGCAAACCAUACGCACUCCAGCAAUACGUACAUCUAUCGUCCCAGUUCCCAGGAGUCAAGUUGUCUCCAGGUCCCCUGCCCCAUCCACCCCUCCAGCGGUAUCUUCAGAGCCCUUGGUGAAUCCCUUAGAAUAUACACCUGCUCCAGUCUCAAGCCCUCCUCCAGAAGUUUAUACUCCUGCUGCACCUCUAGACAUGUUACUGGAGAAUGCAAAAACUCUGACUGACAAGGCAGCUAUUAACCCAGAGAGGUCUAAUGAGCACCAGUCCUCAACCAAGCCGCUUUCAGCCCUCUCAGCCUUGGCAAGAGCAGAGGAGAUGGCCUCGGUAAAACGGUCACCAAAUGAUAGCCGUGUAUUUAACCUUCUGGAAAGGGCCAAGAGAAAGUCCACAGUGAGCCCGCUGGCUACCACACCUGAAAAUACAUCUAUUCCUGGAAAUACAACCCUAGUUGAGACAGCUACACCCGAGAUACCUCUGCCUGAAACUCCCACACCUCUGCCCAAGACUGCCACAGUUGAGGUGACCCAACCUGAUCUAGCUGCGCCUGAAAAAGCCUUACCACAGCUUGCCACAACUUUAGAAACACUGCCUUACGAAGCCCAACCUGUACCAGAAGUGUCUGAUAACCCUAAACUCCCUCCAGUUGACUAUGUGGAUCAUGCUCGGUUGCCACCUAAAACUUAUCCAUCUGAAACUGCCGAAGUUAAUGGCUUUGAUCACAGGGUGGUGACAGUGGUCAAACCAGUGAAUCCUCCUCCUCCACCACCUAGGAAGGUUCUGCCAGCUACACCCAUUGUAGAUCCCCCACUUGAGACACGAACUCAGACUCCUGCCAGAGACCUCCAGAUUCCCACAACACCAUCUGAACCUCUAGAAACACAUGAAGAUUCACUAUAUGACAACUCAUUUGAGUUUUAUGAAGAUGUUGAGGAACCUAAGGCUCCAGCACUUUCAACCUUUAGGCCUCCAUCAGUACCAUCAUUAGCUUCUAGUACCAAAAGGCCAGUGUCAGCUCAUGAGGAAGCCUUCCUGAGAGAGUUGAGCCUAAAACAGCAGUUGAAAGAGGACAUGUUUCCGAACAUGGAUGAUAGAGAUGUGGAUUAUGGGUCUAUGAACUCUGGCUCUCCAUAUCCAGAAGCUCAAGCUGCUGUACAUCAGGACUCAGUGCGAAGCUCUCCUGCCUUGACUCCAUCAGGGACUCUUGAAAGAGGUGACAAUGUCUUUGAUGAUCAAGUAGACAGUAAAAAAGGCAAAACGACAAAGACUAAGAAACAGAAAGGACCUCCGAAGAAUCCAUAUGCUGAUGCUCCAGCUGCGGUAGAGGAGACUCCCAAGAAAAUCUUGUUCUCCAGGAAGAACUCAGGAAAAGUGGUAGAUGACAAAGAACUAAAGAAAAAAGAGAAACAGCGAGAAAAGGAAAAAGAGAAAGAGAAGGAGAGAGAAAAGAAGGAGCAGAAAGAAAAGGAAAAGAAAGAAAAUGAAAUAAGGAAAAAAUUUAAGAUCACAGGCCAAGAAGAGCCCAUUUAUCAUGUUAAAGUGAUCGAGGACUGUAAGGGCCGUAAAAACGACCUGCCGGUGAAGGUUGGAGAAACUGUGAGCAUCAUCCGUACCAACAACUGCCCUAAAGGAAAAUGGCUGGCAAAGGACAGCAACAACAAAUACGGCUACGUCCCGGUGGAGAGUGUGGAUUUAAACAUCAGUGGCAUUAUGGAGCUGGGGAAGAUGACAACGGCAUCUAACAGACCCAACGGCAAUGGACUCAAAGACCCAGAGGUCACCAGUACAGGAAGCAGGACCUCAGAGCAUUACGGCAUGAACAAUGAGAGCUUCUCAGAAGACAGUGAAGAGUGGACAUGUGAUGAUGAUGACCCUGUGUUUGGCUCUGCUAAUGAAACAGCACACAUAGCGCUGAAUCAAUCACAGGCCACACCAGCUCAAGGUGAGUCACUGAUGAGACAUCAUGGAAAAAUUUUCACAGGAACUCUACCAACUGGGAACAUCAAAGAUUAUAAUCCUGUUCACCAAGACCAAAGAGAUUCAACUUAUAUGAACAUGCCAAAAAAACAGGAAGCGAUUCAAAAACUCUCCACAUUCUUUAUGCAACCCAAGACGUCCUCUCAGCCUCUACCACGUAAAAACAGCCCAAUAAUGCCAGAGCUCACACCAGAGGAUCCUGACAGCUUAAAUAAAGAGGAAAAAGAUUUAGAUGUCUCAGACCUCCAGAUUCUUCCUCCUCCGGACCUGUACGCCGACAUCAUAGCUGGAGAGUCCAUGACUAUUUACAGCAAGCCAAUCAAGCUCGUCUCAAAAUAGCUGAAUAACUCCGGCUGCGAGAGGCAAAGACAGACUGCGCUGGAUCUUCACUGUUUCUGAGUUCAUAACCCUCCUGUGGGCUGUGUUUUGAUGAGCACCACAGUAAAUGUCACCCACACAAGCUGAAGCAGAGACGUGUCUGUCAAGUGGGAAGAGUUAUGUUUGUGAUUGUGCAUCAGUCUGUAAGUGGCUGCAGGCGAGUUCUUUUAUAUCCAUGUAUAAUAUGUUCAUUCUGUGAAGAAAAAAAAAAAAGGCCCAUGUAUGGUGAGAAGCUCUUCAGAUUAUUUAAACCAUUACAUCUAAGUGUUAGUUAUGAGUUCUGUGGCAAAGACAGUCUAUCUAAUCUGAGGUUGUCUGAUCAUUUUAAAAUCCAUAAUUAAACAAUUGAGUUCAAAGCUGACAGAUCAAAAUGACAGCGUGUGCAGGUUAAAACAGCUUCACAUUUGGGUUCGGUUUUAACAGUUUAUUGCAGUUCCCAAGUCAUUAUUUUUGUGGUAUCAUUUACUUAGAAGUUUAGUAUUGCAAUUUAAAGGUUUAUAUAACUAUACUUUAUAUUUGUAUUAGAUUAAUUAGUAUUAUAUUAUUUGUUUUAUAUUUUACAAGCAUGUUUAAGUAUUCCCAGUCUUCAGCGUUACUCUACAUGAGGGAAAA